CGCCAGCCAGCAACCUCUCUCUCUCUCUCUCUCUCUCUCUCUCUGCACUCUGCUGCUGUUACACAACUCGCUUCCUCCAAUCCUCCCUGACUCUGCCUCUCUCCCUCCCGAGGACACCGCGCCAUUUUUAAUCCCACCUUCUCCCACAGACCGGAGGUAUCUUAAGCUCCAAUCCACUGCUGCUGUGCAAGCUAGCAGCUCUCUCUCUGUCUCUCUCUCUACUCGGCCGGCUUGCUUCGAACCCACUUGAUCGCUGCGUCGCCUCCCUCCCCUUCCAACUCCCUCCUCCCGUACGUGCGCAGUUCUCGGCACGCUUCCCCAUAUAUACCCCUCCGGCCGCUCUCGGCGGAUAGAGAUGCACAGGCAGUGACGCGCACGCAUACCGACGGACGAGGUAGCUGCUCACCACCUAUCCUUGUUUCCCUCGGCCGCCCGUGUCGGGCGGAGGCGGACUCGCGCGGGGAAUGGGACGCCACGCCCACGCGGGCUCCGCCGCCGCCGCCGCCGGCGUGCAGCAGAAGCUGCGCAAGGGCCUCUGGUCGCCCGAGGAGGACGACAAGCUCUACAACCACAUCAUCCGCUACGGCGUCGGAUGCUGGAGCUCCGUGCCCAAGCUCGCGGGCCUCCAGAGGUGCGGCAAGAGCUGCCGGCUGCGCUGGAUCAACUACCUGCGCCCGGACCUGAAGCGGGGCAGCUUCUCGCAGCAGGAGGAGGACGCCAUCGUCGGCCUGCACGAGAUCCUGGGCAACAGGUGGUCGCAGAUCGCGUCGCACUUGCCGGGCCGGACGGACAACGAGAUCAAGAACUUCUGGAACAGCUGCCUCAAGAAGAAGCUGCGCCAGCGCGGCAUCGACCCCACCACCCACAAGCCCAUCUCCGCCGACGCCGCGGCGGCGGCGGCGGCAUUGGACCAGCCGGCGUCGCAGGAACACAAGCCGCCGGCCGCCGACGCCGGCGGCUUCGCGCCGAAGCAGCAGCACCAGCAGGUGUUCGACCCGUUCCCGCUUACCGACAGCUUCGGCGGCGGCUUCGACGCGGCCGCUGGCGCCGCGCUGUACGGCCACCUGGGCGGCGGCGGCAAGCAGGACGCGGCCGCGUUCGUGGACUACAGCAGCGUGCUGGACGUGUCGGAGAACCUGGGCUACGGCGAGAGCUCCAGCAACAGCAGCAACUGGAACUGCGCGCCGGAGGCGAGCAAUGCGCUCGACGGCGGCGAGGCGGCGCCCCUGCACUGGGCCUCCGGCGAGGAGCAGUCGCUCGAGCACAAGUUCCUGCUGCCCUGCCACGGGCAGCAGGAGCAGAGCCUGCCGCAUUUCGACUUCGACAUCAGCCGGGGCGCCGUGGUCGGCGACUUCAACCUCGAGUUCUUCUGAGGUUUAUUUCAACCUGUGAAUUCCAGCGAUAUAAAUUACUACCGUAUAUAAACUGUUCCUAAAGGCAUUUCACACAGACCAAACGGAAGCUUAUUAGAGACUGUGCUUUGUUAUUAAUCCCCCCCCUCCCUUCCUAGCCGUCCUUGUUACUCCUUCUCCUUAGUCCUUAACAAUGUUUUUUUAACGUUUCUUUGUUCUCCUGUUUUCAGUAUGGGUAAAAUAAGGGCAUAUACAAAUAUAGUACAAAUGUAAACACAGUGUAGUUACUAUAUAUACAGUACUGAGGUUUUGUAAGAAUAAGUUUCUUACUUUCUGUACCCAGUCCAGUGACUCUUGUCUAGUUGUCUACCACUGAAGGACACUGUAUAUUGUUGGCGUUUGCUGCAUUCCC